GAGUUCAUGUUAGGAGUGUACACAAUAAGUUUAUUGGUGAAAUUGUUCCUAAACUUUUAUAUACGAUUUCCGAUCCUAUUAUCUAGAUACCAUUAUCAGAAACUUAAGGAACGUUGCAAUUGUUGGAUUUGUUAUGAAUAUUUCUAUCACCUUGUCCCGUCGAGUGCAAGCUGAUAUGAACAGUAUUGAGAUUUGAAGUGAUAUGUCGUUCUGAGAGCAAUAGAUUAGGAUACAAAAUGUUCUGUUUCUUUGUAUCAUCCUUGAAUUAUUAAUUUUACAUUUAACAUGAUGGAUGGUAUUUGAAUUACAUAUGAUAUAAAGCCUACAACGAUUUGAAUGAUGUUGAAUAAAUAGAUAUAGGAUUUAUAUAUUCAACUGGAAAAUUCGUUAUUUGAAUUUAAAAAGUAGGAUUGAUAAAAAAAAAAGAUAAGUUUUAAGUACGCUACAUGAUGGAAAAUGAACGUGUGGUACACGAAAACAAAGAGGAGUCACAGGAUUUAGAAUCGGAGAGUAGGGAUAGUUUUAGUAGUCCUAGAUUACGCAGUCCUUCUGUUGAAUCCUCACUAUCCAGCGAUCCACUUGAUGAUAGCAGUGGUGCUGUUUCUCCGGACAAAAAUCAUGUGUCUAAUCAAAAGCGUAAUUCUGUUUUUAAAUUAGCCAAUGAUCAUAUCAUGAGGAGGGGGAGUAGUACUGCUAAUUUAAGUUUAAAAAUGGAUUUAAAAACAAGGGAAAGAGAGAAGAAUGAACUGAUGUUAAAAGUGGAAGAACUUGAAGUGUUCAAAGCAAAAUAUGAUGACCAAAAAAGUGAAAAUGAGAAACUGCAAAAGAAAGUUGAUCAAAUGCUCAUGGGACAGAGUGAUACAACUAAAAAGCUCAUCAAGACACAAGAAUUGUUUGAAAAACUGUCCCAGGAUAAUAAAAAGAAAUCAGAUCAGAUUGAAAAAUACCAGAGAGACGUCAAAUACAUGGAGGAUAGGAUUAGAAACUUGGAAAUUAGAGCCUCUGAAGUGGAGAAAGCUGAAUUAAUUCUAGAAACAACAAAACAGACCUUGGAAUAUACUCAGGUAGAGGUACGGCAACGUGAGGGUGAUACACGUAGAAUGACAGCAAAGUAUGAAGAUACAUGUAAACAGUUACAGGCUUCCAAUAAUAAAAUCAUAGAAAUGGGAGAAAAGUUAACAGAUUUGAAAUAUCAAGUUAGACAUGAACUUAUGAGGAAUGAAAAUAUUGAAAAGAACUUAGAAACAAUACCAAGAUUAAAAGAUGAAAUAAAAGAACUGAAGGAAGAAAUAGAUGCUUACAAACAGGAAUCAAAUGAGAAAACAUCUUUACUGGUGGCUGCUAGGAAGGCUGUGGGGGAAUACAAAGAUAAACUUAGGGAUGUAGAACAAGAUGUGGAACAAACAGAAAGAUUAAGAGAAGAUAUAGUGAUAGCUCACAAUGAGAAUGUGGCUUUAAAAAGGAUAAUGUUAGGAAAGGAUUGUUUGGUGAUACAGAAAUCUAAAGCAUUAGACUUAGCAAAGGAUGUGAUCUCUACAAUGAAGAAUUCUAAAGAACAUGAUAAGCUAGAUAGGAUUGCUGGGCUUCUUAAAAAAAUUGGUUCUACAAAACCUAAUCUAAAUGAUUCGUGGUCAGAAGAGACAGACAGUCAGUUAGGCAGAUCAAUAGCUGCUGUCCAUCACAGAAAUAAACCUCUGUCUUCUCAUACCAAAGAAAUACAUAUUAAUUCAACACCUACUGUUUAUGAUACAAGGAUUUCUGGGACACCAACGCCAAUGUCGAGGAAUUCAAUAUUAGAUGAAGUUAAUAAUGACACAGGAAGCUGUGAGGAUUUACGUCCAAAAACUGCUAUUGUUCAUCCAAACAUUAGAAGGACUUCUUCAUAUAAGGAGCCGCCAACAUAUUUACAAAAGACUUCAGGGAGUAGAUCAUCCAGUCAAAAUGAACAUAUACAUUUUAGGAGACAAACUCCUCUAUCCCCUAGAUCACAAGGUGAUAAAAAAAUUAGUUCAAAAUUUCAACCUUUAGUGGAUUAUAAAAUAAAUGUAAAAGAAAAUGGACAUCAAGAUUCAGGAUUUGUGGACCGUGGAUCUUCACGGUCAUCUUCCGCAUGGGUGCGACAUUCUUUUAGUGAUACCGUUGAUUCUGGAUCAGAAUCAGAGGAUUUAGACGAAAUACCUUUAUUCAGAUCAAAAAUGCCAGGCAAGGAAAAAGAUGAAAUUUUAAAACAGUAUGUUAAGCUUGGAAGUCGUAUAGUUAUUACUGUUCCACAGAAACCUCCUAAAUAUGGUAGAAAAAUCACUCCAAAACCAAAGGUGUACACAGGCAUUGUAAAAUAUGUUGGGGUACUGGACAGACAUGAUUAUUCUAAGAGAGUGUAUGUUGGAGUAAGAUUAGAUGCUCCAGCUGGCAGUACUGAUGGAAUGUAUAAUGGGAAGAGAUACAUGUAUACACCACCAGAUCUGGGAAAGUUCUUCAAGCUUUGUGAUGUAACAUCAGUACUCAAUGUUCAGAAAGGACAUUAUGUUAUGAUUGAUGCCUUACUGUCCAAGCAUUUACGAUGCUCCACUACAGGACGACCACAGAGUACUUCAACAGGAAGAACACAGAGUACCUCAACAAGCUGAUACCAGACACUUAAUGUGACUUAUUUUAAAACCAAACUGACAACAUAUGUAGAAGAAAGAAUUUCUAGCCAGAUCUCUGUUCCCUUUUCAACUUAAAACCUGCCUUGUAGACCGAUCUUCUUAUCAUACAAGUUAUAAUUAACAUUAUUAGUCAAGCUUGAUUAAAUUUUAAAUUUCUAAUAUACUUUCUAUCGAGAUAUUAAUGAGAAAGCAACAUUUGAGUUGUAAAUUUUCCCUUAAAAGAUCAAGCAUAUUUAGUAUGACCUUAGAAAUUAUAAUCGUCAUCAUAGAAUAAUAGACCUGUGAAGGUUAACUCAAGGUUGAUACAUGUACAUUUUCUGUCGAAAAUGCAUUUAUAGGAAACCAGACAUGAUCAUAUACUGUGAAAAUUUCAAUCACUACCGAUACAUAACAUUUCUAGCAUAUAAAUUUUAUCAUGGCUGUUGCAUUUAAAUAGAACCCUGUUUCUAAGAUAAGUACAUAAUUUAUAUUGUUUCAAUCUUCAACUUGAAAGUGAACUUGUAGCUGAAGUUUUAUGAAUUUUAUGUUUACUUGUAAAGUAUCAGCAAUUUAGUCAUGCACUGCAAUCCUAAACAAUUACCAGCAAUAUAUUGAACAGAUUUCAAUAUUGUGUCUCAGAGAAAUGUUAAUUCAUAUUUUAGUCCAAAUAAUAAUAAAGGAUAAUAAAUUAUUUCCAAUAAAUUUGCUGAUCUAAGGUUGACCUUGAUAUCUUUCUGACCAACUUAUCAUUAUGUAGUUCUAGUCGAAAUAAAACUGUGAUAUAAUAGGUUAGAAAGGUUCACGUUAAUUAUGUAUUUAUUAUUCAUUUAUUUAAUUGUUAUGUUGAGUCAGUUGAUAGUAUGUCAGCUGAGUUUAAAAAAUGAAUUAUCCCCCCUUUACAUGUCUAUAACAGGUAACCAAAUAACUUUUUACAUUUCUUUGUCUUUUGAAUAUCCUAAUGUGUGUUCCCACUUGUAUAAAGGUGAACAAUAAAUGUUUAUGAUUUAACAAAAAAAUAAAAUACAAUAUAGUUAUCACUCAUGGAAAUUGUCAGGAUACAAAAACGUCUUGUAAAAAAAUUCUCUCAAGACACCAAUGGGGUGUUUUUUUCACUAUGUGGUACGUUUUAUGCAGGUUAUAUUUCAGACUAUUUAUCUAUGUAUUUCUGAAACAAAUAGUGCUAUUAUGUCUUUCUUUCCUAUGUGUAAUACAUGAAUCAUUGUACACCAAAGGUAACAUCAUUGCCAAAUCAACAACAACUCUGAAUUUCUCUAACAUUCAUUCAAACAAAGUCAUUUUAUAAAAGAAUUUGAAUUAAGAUUGAAUUUUAAUCAGAUGGAAAAGUUACUCAUACCUGCCAACUGUCACUAUUUGUGGGGGAUUUCCCCAAUGGAGGCUCCCAAAUGGAAAUUUUGAAAGAGCAAUUUUGUCCACAGUUUAAACAAAACAAUAAAUUUUACAAUGGCUCUAGGCUUGUAAUAGUUUGAAGAAGCCAAAACACAACACUAAAAUUUAUUUGAACGCCCCUUGAUGGUUUUGUAGAACUAUAGCAUAGGAUCCAUCUUGCACGUAAAACCCCCAUGGGCAUUUUGAAAAGUUGGCAGGUAGUAACUUACUAUUUAUAAAAACUUAGUUAACUCCCAUUGCAGCAUUUGAUUUUGAAUCACUGAACCUGUAGUAAAUCUGAAAAUAUAAUCAAGAAUAGCACACUUGUUUACAUUUUUACUUAGAAAGUGAUCAUCCAUUACCAUGUUUUUAUUGCAGAUAAUGCAAAAAAACUUUUUUAAUUAAAUUUUGUUUAUGCUCUUACUUGACAAUAUUAUGAGACAAUGCACUCAGAUUGAUUGACACAUCUCUGAUGGAUGAUAAUCAGAUUAGAUUUAUCCGAACAUGUAAGCAUACAAGCCUAAAGAUUUAAUCCCAAGAAGUAAAGUUGAACAUCUGGGAUAAAUUUAUGGAUGUGCUCUGAAAUAGAAAGAUUUAUAUGUUUGAUAUUGAAUUGGUCAAAUUUGAUCAUGUAUUUUCCAUCUAAGAAAUGUCCGAUCAAAAACAAAUUUAGGAUGCAAUGUCACAGCAUUAAGUAAUAUUUUCACUAUAAUAUUUUUAUUAGACUGAACUUAAUCCUAGCUAAGAUAAGUUUUUCUAUUUAAUUAUUUUAAUAUAUUUUGUAUAUAAAAAUUUCAGCAACAACAUCUUAUAUUGAAUUAUAAAAAGACAUUAUGAAUACCCAAAGAUAGAACUUCAAUGUUGCAAUAGUUUGUAAAUUAACUUUUUGUUUGAUUCAUGAUGUAGUCAGAAGCUUGAACGAUGCAUUUUUCAAGUCAUAAAACAUUUUUUUAAUUUCUCAAUAGUUAGGGUAGAAAUUAAUUCAAACUUGCAAGUUAUUUAUAAUCUGAUCCAUAUCCAUGCCUUUUAUACAUUAUUUAUG